AUGUCGACUGUCACAAGCGCGCCGACUUCGCCUGGACCUACGCGAAGGUGGAUGAAGUUGUUUCGACAAAGCAAGCGCCAAGAGAGCCCGCCGGGAUCGGUGCCGGCGCUGGUGCCUGAUACCUUGUCGCCGUCCUCGUCGAGCACGCAUGUUACGAGUCCUGCGCCGUCGCUCAUGAGCACGCAUUCGCCCGCGAGCGCGGUGGAGCCGGCGCGGCGUGGUGCUGAGCUGGAUGCAAGUACGACGUCGUCCCUCGCGUCCGGCUCGAGUGUCAUGCUUCCCUCGCUGGGUAUGCUUGGCGAUGUGCUGGACCGGCAGCCGGCGCACUUACCGGACUUGUAUGGCGCGCGUGAUGAGCAGUGGAUUCGCCGCGUGGCCAGUGCGCCCGAUACCAAAGCGCUGUACCAGUCGACGGCCUUCCAGGCCCUCGCGCCGCCGAUUCUGCCCCGCUGGCACGAAGAGCCGCAGCGUGCGCCUGCGUCGUCGUCGAAUGCGUCGUGGCGGGAUGGCACAGACUCGAGUCAGACGCAUGAGUGGCCGUGGCAGCUUCCCUCGUCGUCCGACACGCCCAUCGAAUCGAGUUCGUCGGUGGAAGCCCCUCCUGCGGCGCCUGUGCCGCCUGUCGUGAAACCUGUGUCGCCGCGACGCACGCGCUUUUUGCCUGGGCUGCGUUCGACGCCGCGGACGCGGCAGGCAUCGGAGAAUGAGGUGCCGAAGCGCCGUCUGGCGAAGCUGUUCAAGUCGAAGAGCAGCAACGCGCUGCAGGCGGAGGCUCGUCGCGCGGACGUCGCGCCGCCGCUACCGCUGCCGACCAAGUCUGUGUCGCGCGUCAAGACGAGCGAGGUGCGUGUGUGUCCGAGCGACUUUCGCACGCUUAAGCUGCUGGGCAAGGGCGACGUUGGGCGCGUCUAUCUCGUGCAGGGCCAGGGACUUUAUGCGCUCAAGGUGCUAUCGAAAGCCGAGAUGCAGAAGCGGAACAAGGUGAAGCGUGUGCUGGCCGAGCAGGCGAUUCUUCUCGCGUCGAAUCACCCCUUUAUUGUGCCGCUGUACCACACGUUCCAGACGCGCGACUACCUGUACCUGUACAUGGAGUAUUGCGCGGGGGGUGAGUUUUUCCGUGCGCUGCAGAACUUGCCGGGGCGGUGUUUGCCGGAGAGCGACGCGCGGUUCUAUGCGGCGGAAGUGGUGGCGGCGCUGGAGUACCUGCACCUGAUGGGCUUUAUCUACCGCGAUCUGAAGCCGGAAAACAUUCUUUUGCACGAGUCGGGGCACGUUAUGCUCUCGGACUUUGACUUGUCGGCGUAUGCGCAGGAGCAGCAGGUUGGUGCGCCGGGUGUCUUUCAGGCGUCUCGAGGUGCUGCGCCGCUGGUCGAUACGCGUGCGUGCAUUGCGGAUCUGCGGACGAACUCGUUUGUCGGCACGGAGGAGUACAUUGCGCCGGAGGUGAUCAAGGGAUGUGGGCACACGUCGUCGGUCGACUGGUGGACGCUCGGCAUCUUGAUCUACGAGAUGGUGUAUGCGACGACGCCGUUCAAGGGCGCGUCGCGCCAUUCGACGUUUGCGAAUGUGCUGCGCCGCGACGUGUCGUUCCGUGACGAGUCGGUGAGCAUGUCGGCCGCGGGGCGCAACCUGAUCAAAAAGCUGCUCGUCAAGGACGAGCACAAGCGCCUGGGCGCGCAGCUUGGUGCGAGUGAGGUCAAGCAGCACCGCUGGUUUGCGAGUGUGUCGUGGGGUCUGUUGCGCCACCAGACGCCGCCGAUCGUGCCGAGUGCCCCUUCCAUGGCCGCGCUCGAGCAAGAUCGGAGCACGCGGCCGACCCGGACGUACGACUGGGAGCACCAACCGGUCCUGGAUCCCUCGCUGCACGAUGCCUCCCCUUUCCACGAGUUCCGACAGGCGUCCAUCGUUCGUUAG